AUGGGAAUAACAUGGGUGAACCUGGGAAGCAAAUUAGCACCUUCCAUGCAGCUGGCUGGAAGAAGGGGCCGGGGAGGAGCUUACGAAGUCGUCCAUGUCUCUCUCUUGAAUGGAGACCUCUGGGACCCAAUGGAGAGCAUCCAUGCAAAGAAUCAUCCAGAAGUGUUGAAUUUUCGAAUGCAACUGGAAAGCAAAGAACUGAUCGUACAUCUGGAAAGAAAUGAAGGUCUCAUUGCUAGCAGUUUCACAGAAACUCAUUAUCUGCAAGAUGGCACUGAUAUCUCCCUCAGUCGAAAUCACACGGGUCACUGUUACUACCACGGACACGUGCAAGGAUACUCUGGCUCCACAGCCAGUCUCAGCACUUGCUCUGGCCUCAGGGGACUUAUUACAUUUGAAAAUAACACCUAUAUCUUGGAACCAAUGAAAAAUGAAACGAACACAUACAAGCUCUUCCCGGUGGAGAACCUGAAGGGCACCUGGGGAUCCUGUGGAUCACAGCACAGCACGUCUGCGCUCGCUGCAGAGAACAGGCUCCGGCCACCCUCCCAGACGUGGGCAAGAAGGCAUAAAAGAGAGACCCUCAAGAUGACCAAGUACGUAGAGCUGGUUAUCGUAGCAGACAACCGGGAGUUUCAGAGGCAAGGAAAAGAUCUGGAAAAAGUUAAGCAGCGAUUAAUAGAGAUCGCUAAUCACGUUGACAAGUUUUACAGACCAUUGAACAUUCGGAUAGUGCUGGUGGGCGUGGAGGUGUGGAAUGACAUCGACAAAUGCUCUAUAAGUCAGGACCCGUUCACAAGCCUCCAUGAAUUUCUGGACUGGAGAAAGAUGAAGCUUCUACCUCGCAAAUCGCAUGACAAUGCCCAGCUUAUCAGUGGGGUUUAUUUCCAAGGGACCACCAUUGGCAUGGCACCAAUCAUGAGCAUGUGCACCGCAGAGCAGUCGGGAGGGAUCGUCAUGGACCAUUCCGACAGCCCCCUGGGCGCCGCCGUGACCCUGGCCCAUGAGCUGGGCCACAACUUCGGGAUGAACCACGACACACUGGAGCGAGGCUGUGGCUGCAGUGUGGCUGCUGACAAAGGAGGCUGCAUCAUGAACCCCUCCACCGGGUUCCCAUUCCCCAUGGUGUUCAGCAGCUGUAGCAAGAAGGACCUGGAGGUCAGCCUGGAGAAGGGCGUGGGGAUGUGCCUCUUUAACCUGCCGGAAGUGAAGCAGUCUUUCGGGGGCCAGAAGUGCGGGAACGGCUACGUGGAACAAGGAGAGGAGUGUGACUGUGGGGAGCCCGAGGAAUGUCUGAAUCUCUGCUGCAACGCCACCACGUGCACGCUGAGGCCCGACGCUGUGUGCGCCCAUGGGCUGUGCUGUGAAGACUGCCAGCUGAAACCUGCGGGGACAGCAUGCAGGGACUCCAGCAACUCCUGUGACCUCCCUGAGUUCUGCACGGGAGCCAGCCCACACUGCCCCGCCAACGUGUACCUGCAUGACGGGCACCCUUGUCAGGGGGUGGACGGCUACUGCUACAAUGGCAUCUGUCAGACCCACGAGCAGCAGUGCGUCACACUCUGGGGACCAGGUGCUAAACCUGCCCCCGGGAUCUGCUUCGAGAGAGUCAACUCUGCAGGUGACCCUUAUGGCAACUGUGGCAAAGACUCUAAGAGUUCCUUUGCCAAAUGCGAGAUGAGAGAUGCUAAAUGCGGAAAAAUCCAGUGUCAAGGAGGGGCCAGCAGGCCCGUCAUUGGUACCAAUGCUGUUUCCAUAGAAACGAAUAUCCCACUGCAGGAAGGAGGUCGAAUUCUGUGCCGCGGGACCCACGUGUACUUGGGCGAUGACCUGCCAGACCCCGGGCUUGUGCUUGCUGGCACCAAGUGUGCAGAUGGAAAAAUCUGCCUCAAUCGUCGGUGUCAAAACAUAAGCGUCUUCGGUGUUCAUGAAUGUGUGAUGCAGUGCCACCAGAGAGGGGUGUGUAACAACCGGAAGAACUGCCACUGUGAGGCCCACUGGGCGCCUCCCUUCUGUGACAAGUUUGGCUUCGGGGGAAGCACAGACAGCGGCCCUGUCCGGCGAGCAGAUCACCAAGGUCUAACCAUAGGAAUUCUGGUGACCAUCCUGUGUCUUCUUGCUGCUGGAUUUGCAGUUUAUCUCAAAAGGAAGACAUUAAUACACCUGCUGUUUACAGAUAAAAAAACCACCAUUGAAAAGCUAAGGUGUGUGCGCCCUUCGAGGCCAUCCCGCGGCUCCCACCCUGGUCAGGCUCACCUCAGCCACCUCAGCAAAGGCCUGAUGAGGAAGCCGUCACAUUCCAAUAUGUCGAAGGACAAUACCAGGAGGUGGCCCCCGUGUCAGAACGUUGACAUCAGUGGGCCCCUCCAAGCUCAUGAUGCCCCUGUGGCUGGUUCCCCUCAGCGAGUGCUCCCGCCCCUCCAGAAGGCUCCUCGCGCACCCCUCGUCCCCGCCAGACCCCUGCCGGCCAACCCUGCGCUCCGGCAGGCCCAGGGAACUCGUAAGCCAAACCCUCCUCAGAAGCCUCUGCCUGCAGAUCCUUUGAACAAGACCAGCCGGCUCGCCAGCGCCUCAGCCAGGACCCUGGGACAGCAGGAGGCUGAGCGGCUCCACCUGGUGCCCCUCAGACCCGCUCCUAAACACCCCCAGCAAGCGCCCAGACCCCCCCACGCCGCCUACACCAAGUGAGAAGCAAGUCGAC